UGGAACUGACCAACGGCGCAAUUAUACUCCUAUGCACUGGAGGGUGCUAUGUAGCCAGCUAGGCGGACACCGCGUAACCGAGCAAUCGAGGAAACUUGCGCUAGCCCUCUGUCUGUAGCUAAAAGUGGCUAGCCGGCUAAUCGUCUGCACGGCGCAGAAGGUUGUUUUUCUCUUGCAAUGCUCGGGUAUUUCCUUUGCUAUUCUAGUUGUUUCCCCCUAGGUCUCUGGUGACGAGACGAGCGAGGCAAAAAGCAACGAGUUAGUUUAAAAUUCUCUUGACGAUGUGCCACCCUUACCAGGAUGUUAGCCUAUAAACUAAGCGGCUAGCUGGAUAGUCUGCACAAGUAGUCCAACAGUAGCGUCUGGAUGAUUUGAACAGUGCCACGGCGGAUUUGGGGGAGUUUUGAGUGGCAUUUGCAUGAUGUCAAACAAGCGGUCCCCGCAGAUCGCUGGCGGUGCCAGUUCCGUGCCCAGCACAAGUAGCAGUACGAGUAGCAGCGGUGGCGCAGGAGGCACCGCGAACCCGAGUGGCGCAAGCAACGCCGUCACGAGCAAUGGAAACAGCUCCGUCAACGUUGUACCGUCGCGGACACUGGCGGCUGCAGGUGACAGCGGCAUGUCGGUGCCAAGUUUGGUCGCCGUGUCGUCGUCUCGCGGUGGCUUCGCCUCCUUAAGUAGACCUUCCGCGUCCUCUGGCAGCAGGAAGAGGUCUCUCCACCAAGCACCUCUUUGCAACGGCCUGUUGAACUCCUAUGAAGAUAAAAGCAACGAUUUUGUCUGCCCCAUUUGCUUUGAAAUGAUAGAAGAGGCACACAUGACCAAGUGUGGGCACAGUUUUUGCUUCAAGUGCAUCCGCCAGAGUCUGGAGGACAGCAACCGGUGUCCCAAAUGCAACUAUGUUGUUGAUAAUGUGGAUCAACUUUACCCAAACUUUCUCGUAAAUGAACUCAUCCUUAAACAGAAGCAAAGAUCAGAGGACAAGCGACUUAAGUUAGAUCAUCCUAAUGGCUCCAGGUGGCACGUUUUCCAGGACGUGUUGAGUCCAGACCAGGAGAACUUGGACCUGGCAAAUGUCAACCUCAUGUUGGAGCUCCUGGGUCAGAAGAAAAAGCAGCUGGAGGCGGAAUCCCAAGCGGCUCAGAGACAGAUCCUCAUGGAGUUCCUGAAUGAAGCCAGGAGAAACAAGAGAGAGCAACUUGAACAACUACAGAAGGAGCUGAACUUCCUUGAAGAGGACAUUAAGCGUGUUGAGGAAAUGAGCGGGCUGUACUCUCCCGUGGAGGCAGAGUGUACAGUGCCCAAUGUUGAAGCCCCCUCCCCAUCACCCAGCUGUAGUAGCAUCAUGGAGCCGUCAAACUAUAACCCGCCGCCGGAAUUUGGUGGAACAACCCAGGGGAAAAGGCAGACGUGGUAUAACAGCACGCUGGCAUCAAGGAGGAAAAGGUUGACUGCUCAUUUUGAAGAUCUGGAGCAGUGUUACUUCUCAAACAAAAUGUCACGCAUCGCAGAGGAAGGGAGGAACUUGAACCAGCUGGAUGACUUUAUGGAGUGUCUUUCCAAGUUUACACGGUACAAUUCCGUGCGACCCCUGGCCACUCUCUCCUACGCCAGCGACCUCUACAAUGGGUCGAGCAUUGUCUCCAGCAUUGAGUUUGACCGUGAUUGCGACUACUUUGCCAUCGCCGGUGUGACCAAGAAGAUCAAGGUGUUUGAAUAUGGCACAGUGAUCCAAGAUGCGGUGGACAUCCACUACCCUGUCAACGAAAUGACGUGCAAUUCGAAAAUCAGCUGUAUCAGCUGGAGCAGCUAUCACAAGAACCUCCUGGCCAGCAGCGACUAUGAGGGGACCGUCAUAUUAUGGGAUGGAUUUACCGGACAUCGGUCCAAAGUGUACCAGGAGCAUGAGAAACGGUGCUGGAGUGUAGACUUUAAUCUGAUGGACCCCAAGUUGUUAGCAUCUGGCUCCGAUGACGCCAAAGUGAAGUUGUGGUCGACCAAUCUGGACAACUCUGUGGCUAGCAUUGAAGCCAAGGCUAACGUCUGCUGCGUAAAAUUCAGUCCAACGUCCCGCUAUCAUCUGGCCUUUGGCUGUGCAGAUCACUGUGUCCAUUACUACGACCUCCGCAACACCAAGCAGCCGAUCAUGGUGUUCAAAGGCCACCGCAAAGCCGUUUCCUACGCCAAGUUUGUUAACGGAGAGGAAAUCGUAUCGGCGUCGACAGACAGUCAGCUGAAGCUGUGGAAUGUCAACAAACCCCAUUGCCUGCGCUCCUUCAAGGGUCACAUUAAUGAGAAGAACUUUGUUGGCCUGGCUUCGAAUGGAGACUAUAUUGCCUGCGGCAGCGAGAACAAUUCCUUGUACUUGUACUACAAAGGACUUUCCAAGACACUUUUAACAUUCAAGUUUGACACGGUCAAAAGUGUGCUGGAUAAAGAGAAGAAGGAAGAUGACAUCAACGAGUUCGUCAGUGCCGUCUGUUGGAGAGCCUUACCCGAUGGAGAGUCAAAUGUGUUGAUUGCUGCAAAUAGUCAAGGAACAAUCAAGGUACUCGAGCUUGUCUGAAGACCCCCGAUCCUCGUGUGACCCAAGACCGCCAUCAUACCUUGAGCUGCAUGUAUGAUGAUCUUGUGAUGAAAAGUAGGGUAGGCCAAGGUGCCUACUGAACCUCCAAAGCCACCCCGCCCCCCCAAUCCCCCAGGAGAACUGGUGUAAAUGAAUAUUUUAAUGAGCUCUGGAUUUUGGACCGUGAGACUUUAUACUGCUGCUCAUAUGCUGUUCAAAAUAUGACGCGCUGGCAUUUUAGAAGGGGAAAAAAAAUGUAUAUUUUGUAUUUUGUUUGAUUGCUGUUCCAGUUUUAUUUGCCCCAGUAAUGCGUCUUCGUGGCUUUCAGUCAGAUCCAUACUCUUCAGAUUUUUUUUAUGAAUCUGUUCCUCGUUGGUGGUUUGCAUCCGGCGAAAUGCUAACCCGUAUUGCAUCUUUCUCCCCCUUAAAUACCAAAAGCACAGGACGAAUUGACAUGCUCGUUUAUCUUCACGUUCAACUUCAAUACCGAUCCCCCUCCUUGAAUGUUUGUCUGACUUCUGUUCCAUUUUUUUUUCGGAGACGGAAGAAACCAAUUGUAAUAAAUUCAGACUUGAAUUGAACUCCGUCAAAUAUAUCGUGCGUGGUCAGACUUUUGGAAUGUGGGUCGCUGGAGAUGUAAGGAAGAGGAAUGGGUCACGGAAAGGCUGAGAAAUCCCUUGGUUUAUUGUAUUGUCUCAUCACUUUUCUGAUGUACCCAAAAGGCAUAGAUCAAAUGUUGAAAGUAGCAGUGGAAAUGCUCCUGUUGGAUGGAAAGAGCAGAGCCCAAUUGCAAGUCCAACGGUCUCGUCGUUUUUGUAUAAUGCGCUCCGUGUCAACGUGAACCAUUUGGGGCUUUGAUCAACCCGCUCGGACCUACCUAUUUUGCGAGGGAUGGAAGACGAGGCGUUUUUCUAUUUCUAUAACUGAAUAAAUUAUUUCCAAAUCUA